AUACAGAGAAACCCUGUCUCGUAAAAACCAAAAAAAAAAAAUCUGUGUUCCAUUGAUUCUUUGUAUUUUUCUUUGUUUCUAUUUUGUUACCAUAGCCCUCAAUUUGGUAAUUUCUUCCUGUCUGCUCCUCUUGGGUAUGCUUACUUCUUUUUGUUCUAGAGCUUUCAUGUGUGAUGUUAAGUUUCUAGUCUGAGAUCUCUUCAUACCCCCACAUACUUUUUUAAUGUAAGCUCUCAGUGCUAUGAAGCUUCCUCAUAUCAUGCAUUUCCAUUGAAUUCUAGAAAGUCUUUAAUUUCCAUCUUUAUUUCUGUCUUGACCCAUUUUCCUCAGUAGAGAGUUGUUUGCUUUCCAUGAUUUUGUAAGCUUUCUUGUUUCUGGGUUUGUUUGUUUGUUGUUCUUGUUGUUCUUGAUAUCCAACUGUGAUCCAUGGUAAUCUGAUAGGAUGCAGGGAGUUACUUCAGUUUUCUUGCAUCUGUUGAGAAUUGUAUUGUGUCCAAGAAUGUCAUCAACUUUGGAAAAAAUUCCAUGUGGUGCUGAGAAGAAGUUGCAUUCUCUUUUUAGGGUGGAAUGUUCUGCAGUAUUUGUUAGAAUCAUUUGGUUUAUAAAGUCCAUUGUCUAUAAUAUUUCUCUGUUUACUUUUUAUAUGGAUGAUCUGUCCAUUGUUGAUUGUAUGGUAUUGAAGUCGACCACUAUUAAACACUGUGUAAGAGUCAGUGUGUGAUUUAAUCUGUAGAAGUGUUUCUUUUACAAAAGCAGGAGACCUUGUAUUGGGGCAUAGAUGCUUGUUUUUAUUUUCUUGAAUUUAUUUAAGGAAUUUCUUUUUAAGGGCCUCUGUUAUGUCCAUAUAGUUUGUUUUAAGGUCUUCUUCUUGUAUUUCAGCUAUGUUAGAAUAUUCAGGGCUUGCUGUGGUAGGAUAGCUGAUCUCUUGUGGUAGCAUACUGCCCUGGCUAUUGUUGAUUAUGUUCUUAUGCUUGGCAUCUGGGUUUGGAGUGAUUAUGGGUCUAGGUGCUUUUUUCUGACUUCAUCUUUGUUGGAUGUGCAUUUUGUUCCUGGGUUUCUGUUUGUUCUCUGGAGUUUCAGAGCAUAUAUUGACUGAGAGUUGCCCCCUUUUCCUGGCCUUCUUGGCUGGUGUGUUUGAGGUAGAAUGCUUGCUGUUGUUGGAAACUAAGGGAAGGGGAGGCCAGGAAGAGAUGCACUUAGGCAUCCACAGGAGGCAUGGAGAGUGGUGAGGGGAAGCCUGGAGUCAGACAUAGGGGAAAACGGUGAGAGAUUAGAGAGAAGUAGAAGGAAGCCAUAGCCACCUUUACCUCACUAGCUUCCCAGUGGAAAAGAUAGCAGUUUCCUAUUUCCUCCCACCUACAUUCUUUUCUCCACCCAGCCAUCUCACUUUCUGUUUGUCUUUACAGACCUACAGACCUCUAUGGCUAGCUAGUGGCAAGCUCUUCAGAUACAUUUUAUUUGUACAAAAAAAGAUAUCACCACACGGACCCACUUAUAUGCAAGACUAGCAAGAACUCUUAAAUUAUGAACCAUCUCUCCUGCCCUGUGUUGAUUAUUUAUGAUCAACAUUAACAGUGCUAACAUUUUCAUCUAUCUGUAACUGUUUAAAUGUGCAGUUCCUUUUAGUCAGAUUUAUUAAAGUUACAGCUUAAAAGGUAGCAUUUCAUGGUUUCUGGAAGAUGAAUACAGAACUGAAAUGAGUGCAUAACUCUUUGUAGGAACUUAAGUAGAAAACCUUUGAGUUCUUCCUAUCUUUUUUGUUUGGUUGAUUGAUUGUUUCAGGGAUUCUUAAUAUUCCCUUCUUGCUGUCCUGGAACUGAUUACAUAUACUAGGCGUGCAUUCAACUCAGAGGCAGAUAUACCUGCCUCUGCCUGCUGAGUGCUGGAAUUAAAGAUAUGAGCCAGUACACCAGCUUCCUCAUAUUUCUCUAUGUCUGUUAAUAGACAUUUAUCUUCAAGGUGAUAUCCCAUUCCAAGUGUUCAGAUAUGAUAGAGAUAAACCUCCUAUUCAGUUUGUUUCUAAAGUGACUUGAUGAUUAUAUGAUAAUGUAUGUGUCAUAGAACCUCCUAUUCAGUUUCCUUCUAAAGUGACUUGAUGAUUAUAUGAAAAUGUCUGUGUCGUAGAAUAAGUGUGGGAAGCACCAGAAUCAUAUGACUAUAUUGUCAAAGAAGUAUACAUUUACAGUGUUGUCAGUAUCAUGCUUUUUAUUGUAUACAUGUAUGGCAUAUUUUAGGAUGCAGUGACCUAUAAUGAUGUGCAUGUUUACUUCACUCGGGAAGAGUGGGCUUUGCUGGAUCCUUCCCAGAAGAAUCUCUACAAAGAUGUGAUGCUGGAGACCUAUAUGAACCUCACUGCUAUAGGCUACAGAUGGGAAAACCAUAAUAUUGAAGAACGUUGUCAAAGUUCUCGAAGACAUGGAAGGCACAAAAGAAGUCAUACUGGAGAGAAACCUUGUGAAUAUACUCAAGGUGUGAAAGCCUUUGCAUAUCAGAGCCGUCUUCAAAGUCAUGAAAGAUUUCAUGCUGGAGAGAAAUCCUAUGAAGGUAUUCAAUAUGGUGAAGCGUUUGCAUGUCAUAGUAGUCUGCGAAUACAUAAAGGAGCAUGUACUGGAGAGAAGCCCUAUGAAUGUAAUCAGUGCAUUAAAGCUUUUACAUUUCAUAGUCAUUUUCAAAUGCAUAAAAGAACACAUACUGGAGAGAAACCUUAUGAAUGUAUUCAAUGUGGUAAAGCUUUUACAUGUAAUAGUCAUAUUCAAAUGCAUAAAAGGACACAUACUGGGGAGAAAUCCUAUGAAUGUAAUCAAUGUGGUAAAGCCUUGGCAUCUCAAGGUAGUCUCCAAAUACAUAAAAGAACACAUACUGGAGAGAAACCCUAUGAAUGUAAUCAAUGUGGUAAAGCUUUUGCUCGGCAAAGUUGUCUCCAAAUACAUAAAAGAACUCAUACUGGGGAGAAACCCUAUGAAUGUAAUCAAUGUGGUAAAGCCUUUGCACAUCAAAGUAAUCUCCAAGUACAUAAAAAAACACAUACUAGAGACAAACCCUAUGAAUGUAAUGAAUGUGAUAAAGCUUUUGUAUGUCAAAGCAGUCUCCGAAUACAUAAAAGAACACAUACUGGAGAGAAACCCUAUGAAUGUAAUCAAUGUGGUAAAGCAUUUGCAUGUCACAGUUAUCUUCAAAUGCAUAAAAGAACACAUAAUGGGGAGAAACCCUAUGAAUGUAAUCAAUGUGGUAAAGCCUUUGUAUGUCAAAGUGGUCUCCAAAUACAUAAAAGAACACACACUGGAGAGAAACCCUAUGAAUGUAAUCAAUGUGGUAAAGGUUUUACAUGUCACAGUCAACUUCAAAAUCAUAAAAGAACACAUACUGGAGAGAAACCUUAUGAAUGUAUUCAAUGUGGUAAAGCUUUUGCAUGUCACAGUCAUCUUCAAAUGCAUAAAAGAACACAUACUGGAGAGAAACCCUAUGAAUGUAAUCAGUGUGGCAAAGCAUUUGCACAACACAAUCAUCUUCAAAGGCAUAAAAGAAUACAUACUGGAGAGAAACCCUAUGAAUGUAAUCAAUGUGGUAAAGCCUUUGCAUCUCAAAGUAAUCUCCAAAUACAUAAAAGAACACAUACUGGAGAGAAACCCUAUGAAUGUAAUCAAUGUGGCAAGGCUUUUGCACAUCAGAGUCAUUAUCGAAGUCAUGAAAGAAUACAUACUGGAGAGAAACCCUAUGAAUGUAAUCAAUGUGGUAAAGCCUUUGCACAUCAGUGUCAUUAUCGAAGGCAUGAAAGAACACAUACUGGAGAGAAACCCUAUGAAUGUAAUCAAUGUGGUAAAGCCUUUGCACGCCAAUGUAGUCUCCAAAUACAUAAACGAACACAUACUGGAGAGAAACCCUACGAAUGUAAUCAAUGUGGCAAGGCAUUUGCAUGUCAAAGUAGUCUCCAAAUACAUAAAAGAACCCAUACUAGAGAGAAACCCUAUGAAUGUAAUCAAUGUGGUAAAGCCUUUUCACAACUCAGUAGUCUUAAAAUACAUAAAAGAACACAUACUGGAGAGAAACCCUACAUAUGUAAUCAUUGUGAUAUACCCUUUGUGUCAGAAACCUUCAAAAACAUAAAAAAAUCAUACUGUGGUGAAGCAAUCUAAAUGUAGUCACUGUAGCGAUGUUUUGCAAGUCCUGGUAGUUUUGUACAAGAGCAAAACAUUUUGUGUGUAAUAGGCCUCUGAAUAUGACAUUAGACUUUGAGUAUCUGAAAAAACUCAUACCAAAGGGAAUCUGAAAUAAAUGAUUUGGUGAGAUCUUUAGCCAACAUGCUUACAUUCAGUUAGACAAGAUUAUUUAUUCUGGAAUAAAUAAUUCCAACAGUGUUCAAGCA